UGCAGCAUUGCUAACACUGAGCAACCUGUGAGCCAUGUUAGAGAUUUUGAUUUGAGUUCACAUAAAAAUACGGGAAGAUCGUUGCUGUUCAUCUCCAGACCUUGCAUUUUAGCAUUGCUGUUUCUGCUGUAACCAUGCACCCUUCUGUGGUCCACAUGACUGACUGCUCUUUUUUCUUACGUCCUUUUAAGCAAAGUAAAGCAGCAGCUCGGCUGAGAAAAGAUAUGAAAAAGAUAGCAGCAGUGCCACUGAGUGAACAGCAGGAUCCGGCCUAUAAAAAGUUAUUUGGAGUGAGCCUGCAAGAGCUUCAGCGGCAAGGGCUCACCAAGGACGGAGUGCCCACUGUGGUGAGGAGCAUCGUGGAGUACUUGGUGCAGCACGGACUCACCCAGGAGGGCCUUUUCCGGGUGGAUGGCAGCGUGAAGGCUGUGGAGCAGCUGCAGCGCGCGUGGGAGAACGGCGCUUGCGUGGAGCUGGGCGCCGGAGACCUGCGUGCUGCCGCCACCCUGCUGAAACGCUUCCUGCGAGAGCUGCCUGGGGGCGUGGUCCCAGUGGCGCUGUGGCCACGCCUGCUCCAGCACUGUCAGGAUGGCAUAGAUGACAGUCAGGAGAACAGUUUAAGAGACUUAAUAGAAGAGCUUCCGCAGACCCACUACUGCCUGCUCAAGUAUGUCUGCUGGUUCUUGACAAAAGUAGCUAAACACCAUUUGCAGAAUCGCAUGAAUGUUCAAAAUCUCGCCACUGUAUUUGGACCAAAUUUCUUUCAUGUGCCAUGUGGGCAUGAAGGUAUGAAAAAACAACACCUUUUCAACAAGAUAAUGGCAAAACUUCUAGAAAAUUACAAUACCCUAUUUGAAGCAGAAUAUACAAAAAAUGAUAAACAGAGAUAUGACAAACAAGCCAGGCUCAUUGUAGUAAAAAUCCCAAAGUCCAAGAGUGAGGGAUCCAUUCAGGCCCACCAAGUCCUGCAGCCCGAGCCAUCUGAUGGUGUUCCUCAGAUCAGCCUGUGGCUAAGUCGUAGGAAACCUCACAUGGAUGACAUGAAUUCAGCAGGGGACAGCAGUGGUGCCGAGUGGAUAACCAGUGCACAUGUAUCCCAAGUCAGCAAUGUUUCCACAACUGGAGAACUCUUAGAAAGAACAAUCCGGACAGCAGUAGAACAGCAUCUUUUUGAUGUUAAUAGUCCCGGAGGGCAAAGCUCGGAAGAUUCAGAGUCGGGAUCUUCAUCAGCUGCGCCGACCGCCUCCGCCAGACAGCGCCGCCGCCAGUGCAAGGACCAGGAUGAGGCUCGCCGUGGCAGAGAGCAGGGACUUACCAACAAAGAAAAUAUUCCUUCUGGUUUCAACAACCUUGAUGAAUGUAUUUUGAAUACUCAGGAAGUAGAAAAAGUACAUGAAAAUACUUCUGAUUAUAUUGGAGAAAUGAACAAACCUAAACGUCAAAAAUCUAGUUCUAAACUUGUUGAGCUCAAUGAAAAUCAAGAUGGUCUUAUGAAUAUGGAAAGUUUCUGUUCCUCACGACCAGAUGACAGGACUGGAGCUGAUGAUGUUGAACUGAUGUCUGAGGAAAGCAAAGAAAGUGAAAGAGAUGGUGGAGACGCUCAGCAUUUUGAGAGCCCCACGAUGAAGAUUCAGGAGCAUCCCAGCAUACCGGACAGCAAACAGCAGAGGAAUCAAGAUGCUGACGCCCAGCAGGAGAGCUUUGUUUCCGAAGCACCCCAUUUGGACCUAACUGCAUUGUGUGAUGAGAAGGGCUGGGAAGAGCCCGUCCCCACCUUCUGCUCCUGGCGGCCAGAGGACCCUGAGUCAGAGGAGGCCCGUCUCUCCCCGCAGGCAGGGCGCCUUAUUCGCCAGCUCCUGGAGGAGGAUAGUGACCCCAUGCUCUCGCCUCGCUUCUAUGCCUAUGGGCAGAGCCGGCAGUACCUGGAUGACACGGAAGUGCCGCCUUCUCCCCCCAAUUCCCACUCUUUCAUGAGGCGGCGAAGCUCCUCCCUGGGAUCCUAUGAUGAGGAGCAAGAGGACCUGACACCUGCCCAGCUCACACGAAGGAUCCAGAGUCUUAAAAAGAAGAUCAGAAAGUUCGAGGACAGGUUUGAAGAAGAGAGGAAGUACCGACCUUCCCACAGUGACAAAGCAGCCAAUCCAGAGGUUCUCAAGUGGACAAAUGACCUUGCUAAAUUUCGGAAACAACUUAAAGAGUCAAAACUGAAGAUAUCUGAAGAGGACCUCACCCCCAGGACACGGCAGCGAAGUAACACACUUCCCAAGAGUUUUGGUUCCCAACUUGAAAAAGAAGAGGAAAAGAAGCAGGAGCUGGUAGAUAAAGCGCUCAAGCCCAGCGUCGAGGUGACCCUGGAAUCUAUCCAGAGGAAGCUCCAGGAGAAGCGAGUGGAAAGCAGCCGCCCGGAGGACAUUAAGGAUAUGACCAAAGACCAAAUCGCUAAUGAGAAAGUGGCUCUGCAGAAGGCCCUGCUGUAUUACGAAAGCAUUCACGGCCGGCCGGUGACAAAGACUGAACGUCAGGUUAUGAAGCCACUGUAUGACAGGUACCGGCUGGUCAAACAGAUCCUGUCUCGGGUCAACACCGUACCAAUCAUUGGGUCCCCCUCCAGCAAGCGGAGAAGCCCUUUGCUGCAGCCAAUUAUCGAGGGUGAAACUGCUUCCUUCUUCAAGGAGAUAAAGGAGGAAGAGGCUGGCUCGGAGGACGACGGCCCCCCGAAGCCCGACUUCACGGUCUCUCUGGAAACAGACUUCAGCGCACGCUGCUUCCUGGACCAGUUCGAAGAUGAUGCUGAUGGGUUUAUUUCCCCGAUGGAUGAUAAAAUACCGUCGAAAUGCAGCCAGGACACCGGGCUGUCAAAUCUCCACGCUGCUUCAAUACCUGAGCUCUUGGAACACCUUCAGGAAAUGAGGGAAGAAAAGAAGAGGAUUCGAAAGAAACUUCGAGAUUUUGAAGAUAAUUUUUUCAGGCAAAAUGGAAGAAACAUCCAGAAGGAAGACCGCACUCCCAUGAAUGAAGAAUACAAUGAAUACAGGCAUAUAAAGGCAAAGCUGAGGCUCUUGGAGGUGCUCAUCAGCAAGAGAGACGCUGACUCCAAGACCAUGUGAAGGUUGGCUCGGCCCAGCCCAGCCAGGGGGCUGUUGGGUGCAAGGUGGGUUUACUGCUCUCGGGUAGAGAGCUCUAGAAGGCAGCCCCCUCCAGCCAGGUGUGCAGAGCAUCAGCCCUUCGGCCUCCAGGCCAGUUUCCAGCACUUGCCUCGGAACUGCCUGAGGAAUUUCACAGUGGGGAAACCAAGCAGGCCACACACACACACACACACACACACACACACACACACACUCUUCACUAGCACUAGCAGUGAUGAGUCACUACAGUAGACACAGCUGUGUUCUUCCCUGGAUCACCGCAAGGCCACUCUAGUCUGUGAUGAAAACAAGCUCAGGACCUUGCUCUGCAGAGCGAGCUUGUGACCAUGCAUUGGAGCCCUACUUGCUGCUGCUGCUUUGGCCAUUCUAGUGUCCUUUCUGCAGAGCUGUGCCUUCCCCGCUGGUCUGCACAGAUUUCCCCCCCAGCUCUUGGGAAGACGGAAACUGCUGCUGCCCACUGCGGCCUGCAGCCACCUCCUGAGGGUGCGCUUCCUCAGGACUUCCUGAGCUGAGAGAGCUCUUCAGGCCCUGAUCACCCAGAGGACAGAGGGACUGCAGCAAGAGCUGCGUGAAUGCAGACUGAAAAGCAGGAAUGCGGUGAAGCCUAGAGUGUGUCCUGCCCUUCAGCUCUCCAAUUCUCCAGCCAACGCUAAGCGAGGAUCGCAUGCCUGUGUCGCCUGUUCAGUUGUGGCCCUGGCCUAAUGUCAAGUCUUGCUUAAUUCUCAGCCUAAAUGCUGGGGAUAACAAGAGGAAGCCUGCAUCUUCAGUCUCCUCAGUACUUACUAGAUUGAGUUUUUUAAGAAAGCAAAUCUGCACUAAAAUCCAGACAGGUAACUGUAGCCCUCAGAGCUACAAGCAGAAUCUUGUAGCUCAAGGCAAAAUCUAAGUCAAACUAUUUUCAAGAUCAUGUAUAGAAAGAAAAAAAUGUGGCCAAAUUUGCUUUUAAUGUUUUCAAAGACUGUUUUACAGUGCUGUCUAUAUUAGACAUUUUGGAGGGACCAGGGAAUUUAAGACACCAAAUCAUUCAUCUCUUCAGUGUGCUUGACAUGACCUUGUGAUUUAUUCCUCACCUUCUGUGUCUGCCUUUGUGUUUGGGGGGUGGAGCCCAGCCACGGCUGUGACGAGAGAGUGCGCAGCAGGCCGUGUCUCCUGAAGGCAGUGCUGUGGGAUGGACAGACGCAGGGGUGCCCUCCUGCUCAGAGAGGGGCCUUCUCCAAGGGUACAAUUUUAACCGAUAAAGAAGUGAAGGUAAAACUGUACUGACUGGUUGUCAGCUGUACAAGUGGGUCUUGAAGGGCAGGAAUAUGGCUCAGUGACACUGCACCUGCCUGGCAAGCAUGAGGUCUUGAGUGUGAUUGCUGGUCCCCCUCACCCCCAAAAAAGGGGUCUUGAGAAACACGUGGCAGGUAGGAAUGGCACAGCACAGCAGCUGACCUGAGGCAGCAGCUCUGUCCGGUAAAGGCUGCUACGGGGAGCCCAGGAAAUGAAUGCCGUUGUGUUUGCUCUUAGCCACGUAGAAGCAUGAACUGCGUGCUAAACACGCCCUGGUUUUAAUCUGCACACCUAAAGGCGGUACCUACAAAUUUAAAUGUACAUGACAAUAUAGUUUGAUAUUCUUUGCUGUGUUUACAUUGCAGAUGGCUAUAAUUUCAAGGAGUUAUAAAUAAAAUGAUGCACUUUAGGAUGUUUUCUAUUUUUGAAAUCUGAACAUGAAUCAUGCACAUGACCAAAAAUUGUAUUUUUUAAAAGAAAUAUGUCUAGUCUGUCCUUUUUUCAGUACUUGUUCUCUUUUGAAAGCUAUGAUAUAAAUCAUUGCCAGUUAACUUUUAAAGUACAUGUUUAAGAGUGCUGUUGAAAUACUAUAGAAUUUUUUAAAAGCUACAUAUAGGUGAGAAGCCACUAGAUGUUCUGAAAUCUGUUGCUUCUGCCAAAGGUAAAUUAACUGAAAGAUAUAUUCAGGAAUCCCCUUUCCAAUUUGUAUGAUUCAAUAAAAGAAACACCAAGUUAUAGUAAAAUAAGAUGUGUAUGAAGUGUUUUUCUUUGUAAUGUCUAGCCCAUAUUCUUCAUAGAACAAAGUCCAAAUUCAGUGGAGGAAAGCUCUGUUUAUUCCAGCUCUUUUUCGAAGGCAAGUUACUCGCAGUUUUGGCUCUUCCAGAAAUGCCACGGCAAACCUGUUUCCACAGCAACUGUCUCUGCAGCCCGGCAUCUCCAGGCACCGAGGCCGGGCUUAAUUGGCUUCACACAGGCAGACCGCGCUGGGCUGCGGUUGUUCCUCUGCUCUCUGGGGAACGUGUGUGUUCGUUAGCACGUGCCAACAAAAUAAAUGUCAAGGGCUAUUUAAUAACAAUGAUAAAGAAAGGUAAAGUGCAAAUAAACUUGAUUAUAUGAUCAUAAGAAAGAGCUGGCAAAAGCUUGUAAUUUUACUGAGCACUUGCUUUUAUUGCAGUCUGGAGUAAACACUGAAAUAGAUGUUUAUAUUUGGCAUGGUAUAUCAUUACUAUAGUUCUUCUUUGAAUCAUAUUAUUUGGACUAAACUUUUUUU